AUGCAGAGCGAUCUCCUCUCGGCAAAUUCCUUUCUCGAGGAGGCUUGGCCGAAGAAAGCUGGCAGGUUUCUCUCACCUGCGCUGAAGACACGUGCAGCGCAGCUGCGACAGGUACGUGGCGAAGGAAAAGACUUGGAGGCCUUCACGCAGACGUCCCUUGCCGCCGAUGAAGCUUUGCUGCAGCAGCUAGCCGGUUCUCGAGGCCCGACGACGCGCCUGGCCAAAGUGGCGGCGCCAAAGGUCCCGCGGGUUUCAGAAGAGCCUCCCAGCCUACGCGCCUGGCGCUCCCGGCGUGCGCAAGGGGAGUCGGAGCCGACAGCAGAGGCACCCAAGCAGCAAGCCCAGCAGGUGAAGCAGAGUCUGCUGCAACUGCAGGUGGAAGUGAAGCAGCUGCAAGAUCUCAUGGAGGAGGAUGCGCAUGAGCUCGCCAGCAGCAUGCAGACCAUACGUUCCGAGCUGCGUGCUCAGCGAGCGGCAAGGGAGAGGAGCCAUGUGCAACGCGGCGAAGGAAAGCCCAACAUCAGCGACACGCCCUUGCCCACAUGUGCAGCAGACGUUGCCCGGGCGACAGCAGUGGACGCCCAACCAGGUGAAUGCCUGGAGAUGAAGCCUUUGCCUAGAGGCCUUCUCUUCCGCCUCCAAAGAGGUGAGGCGCGAGAUGGCGACAAGUUCGCACCGGAGCUGUGUGAGUGGCUUUCUGGUGCCACUGCGCUGGCCUGCGGCAGUGUUUGUCGUGGCUGGGCUGCCGCCCUCCACCAGGGCGAUGGCUGCCGCAUUUGGCCCCAUGUGACUUUGGACGUGCGCCGGCGCAGCCUGCGGCAGGCCUCCUGGAGCGGCAUCUCAUGGAGACAUGUGCGAAGUUUGUCCAUCUACGGCGCCACUGACAAGGUUAUGGCUCGGAUGGCGCUUCUACCCGGGCAGGUGAAGUCCGGCGCGGCAGUGAGCCUGGAGUGCAUUCGCUUCCGCUGCAGUGGUUUGGGACGCGCGGCGGCGGUGCAGAAAAGAAACGAGUUUGGUGACCGAAUGGGCUUGGGCGAUUCUGGAGCCGCUAUGGUUUUGACCCUGGCGGUGCAGCUGUCCUCCUUGAGAAUGCUUGAUUUGGCUUGGAACCACGUUUGCGAUGCCUCCUUGGCUUUGCUUGCGCAGUCAUGGCCUCCGACGCUGCGUUCGCUGUGUUUGGAAUGGAAUAGCAUCGGCGAGGAAGGCGCGAGGCAUCUCUCCACGGCGCUUGCCCAGCCAAACAUGCUGCAGAUCCUGGACCUCCGGUCGAAUCCCCUGGCAGAUGCCGGAGUUUUGUGCAUUUGCCAAGCAGUGGCCUCGCAGCCCUCGUCGCCCCUCAAGUGGCUGGGUUUGGGGGAGACGCUGCUGACCGAUCGUGGCGCCAAGCUGGCCUUGCAGGCGCUGCAGCAGCACCAACAUCUGGCUGGUCUGGACUUGGGCGAGAAUGUAAUCACAGAUGCGGCCUGCCCGGCUCUGGCGGCCUUCAUUCAAUGGUCUCCAUGCCUCCGUACCCUGCUGCUUCGUGGGUACCUCUUUGAGCCACAGCGUGUAAGUGACAUCGGCGGCGUUUUGCUCGCUCGAGCACUCAGCUCGAAACGGAGCUUCGAGCUAGAGCUGGAUUACCAGCAAGUCGCGUGCAAGACGGCGGUUGCACUGGCGGAGUGCAGCAUUUCAUGGACCAAAGUGUCCCUCUUCAACACCGACGUGUCCACCCUGGGAGCUUUGACGCUUGCCAACGCCUUUCGAGGCGGCCGGGCCUCUGCCGAAGGCAAGUGGCUCAAUGUCGCGCAAUGCCGCAUUGCCCCCAGUUCCAUCAAGCUGCUGCAACAAGCGAGUUUCCGGCGGUUGGACUCGCACGGGCAGCGCUCGCGAUAG